AUAUUCUUGUUGUGAUCAUCAUAUAUAUAUAUAUAAACAUCAUAAACCUGUCUCUGUUCUCUCUCUUACUUCUUCAUCGGAGAAUUAUUGAAGCCUGAAGAAGCUGAUGAUGAAGUAGCAGCACAAGCACAUAAUAAUUAAGAACAAGAAAUAUCAAAUAAUAAUUAUAUCAACAAAUUAAAGAUCAGAGUAGUAAGUAAGGUUCUUGCAAGAGUGAGUGAUGAAGCAACGGUCAACCAACAACCCACAGGCUUUCUGGGGAAGCGUGGUGAUGCGCAAAUGGCUUAACAUGGGAACUAAUCAAACUGAUUACACUGCUGAUGACCCUGAUGACCAGAAUGAUCCUGAUUCUCAUUCUGAUUCUGAUUCUGAUUCUCCUCAUUCUCAUACUAAUCAAGAUUUUAUUCCAAGAUUAAGGAGGCAAAAGUCAUUAACUUCCAGGGCUCAGUACAUAAACAACAAGGAACUCAGAAUAUGUGUUGGGACAUGGAAUGUUGGAGGAGAAGCUCCCCCUGAUGAUUUAGACAUUGAUGAUUGGUUAUGCAUCAACCACCCUGCCGAUAUCUAUGUUCUUGGUUUUCAAGAGAUUGUACCUUUGAACCCUGGCAAUAUCUUUGGUGCUGAAGACACUCGGCGCGUGCCAAAAUGGGAAAACAUCAUCAGAGAAACACUUAACAGAGUUAGGCCACCGGCAACUAAGAUGAAAUCCUUCAGUGAUCCUCCCUCGCCCUCCAGAUUCAAGCCAACGGCCGACAUCCCGGAUGUAGCAGAAGAGAUUCUACUUGAGGAAAGUGACAGUGACAUCGGCGAAGAAGUUCAUCCAUUCAAUGAAGAAGAAGGCAACAAUGUUGGUGACAUUGCCACAGAAGAAUCCAUCACAAAUGCUGAUCCUGAUUUGCAAAGCCAGUUACCUUCUUACCCAAGAAAGCUGAACAGGCUGAACUGUUUUCGCAACGAAGACUCGCCCGCGGAGGAAAACAUAAACAUGGACACAUCAAUGCUGAGUGGAAGUGAAAGAAUUGGAUUGAGUUGGCCAGAGCAACCAAUGCAUCUGCAGCCACAGAAAGUGUUGAACAAAUCAAAGACUUUGAAGACUUUCAAGUCAUUUAAGACAAUGAAGUCUUUCAGAACUUAUGGUUCUUUCAAACCAACAACCAUGAUGGAUGACAUAGGUUUUCUUGGUGAGAUUGAUCUUGAAGCAUUGAUGAGGAGGAAGAGAAGAUCACCCUAUGUAAGAAUAGUGAGCAAACAGAUGGUUGGAAUCUUCAUCACCAUCUGGGUUCGGAGGAAUCUGAGGAAACACAUUCAGAAUUUGAAGGUUUCAACAGUUGGAGUUGGUGUUAUGGGAUAUAUUGGUAACAAGGGUUCAAUUUCUAUCAGCAUGUCCAUAUAUCAAACAUUGUUUUGUUUUAUAUGCACACAUCUGACUGCUGGUGAAAAAGAAGGGGAUGAACUCAGAAGGAAUGCUGAUGUGCGUGAGAUUCAUCACAGAACUCAUUUUCAUUCACUUUCUGAUAUUCAACUUCCAAUGAAUAUUCUUGAUCAUGAGAGAGUAAUUUGGUUGGGUGAUCUGAAUUACCGAAUCAAUUUGUCAUAUGAGAAAACAAGAGAUCUUAUCUCAAAAAAACAGUGGUCAAAAUUAUUUGAGAAAGACCAGCUAGCGAAAGAAAUGGAGAAGGGUGUGUUUGGAGGAUGGUCAGAAGGACAGUUAAACUUCGCACCAACUUAUAAGUAUGAGGCUAAUUCAGAUAAGUACUAUGGAGAGGAUCCAAAGAUAGGAAGACGUAUACCAUCAUGGUGCGAUCGCAUUCUUUCUUACGGAAGCGGAUUGAGAUUGAUAAGUUAUAGAAGAGAAGAGAUUAAACUGUCAGAUCAUAGGCCUGUAACUGCCACAUACAUGGCUGAGGUUGAGGUGUUCUCUCCAAGAAAGCUACAGAAGGCUUUAACUUUCACUGAUGCAGAAAUUGAAAAUGCAGAAGUCUUCAACAAUUUAGCUAAUUGGAAUAUUUAAUUAUUUACUACAGGGUCCAAUGAUAAUACCAACUUCUCAAAUACACACUACUAUAUUUAUUCAUUUUAUUUAUUUAUAUUCUUAAAUCAAUAUAUUCAUAAAUAUUUGCAUUGCAUGAUAUGUUUGUAAGGAAUCUUACUCUUACAAAAGGAUUUAAAGUUAGUUCAUAGAUUGGAUGUAUAUA